AUGAGUGUAUCAAUAAGUGGUUGUCAACGUUUAUCGAAUGCAGAUUUUAAGUCGAAUUAUAAUAAUCAACCUCCAUCCGAUGAUAGAAACGUAACCAUUAGACAAGACCAAAAUCAACAACAAAGAGAUAAACCAUCAACCAUUGAGACAAAAACUGACGUACAAGAUAAGGAUUUUAUUUUAAUCGUCCAUGAUUUUCCACAGAUACAUUCAAUCUAUAUAUUUUGUGCCGAUGAUGAAUUUGGAUUUCUUACAUCAUUGUCUGAUCGUUAUUCAAAAGUUUGGGGUAUCUACAGUGUAAGACAACGUUUGUUAUUCAAAUUAUCCAUCGAUAUUUCAUUACGUUACACACAAAUUGGUGAUGAUCAUAAUCGUUCAGACCAAGUCUCUCAAGCAGAUAGCAAUUAUAAACGUUCGCAAAAUAUCUAUAAAAAGAUGAUUGAAUAUUUAAACAAAUGA